GACACUCCGCUCACUGCAGCUGUAAAGAAUGGUGACACUGAUAUUGUUGGGUUACUUUUAGAGAACGGAGCUGAUGUCUACAAAGGAGUAGGGGAGGUCACUCCGCUCACUGCAGCUGUAAAGAAUCGUUACACUGACAUUCUUAGGUUACUUUUAAAGAAGGGAGCUGAUGUCGACAAAAGAGUACGGGUGGACACUCUGCUCAUUGCAGCUGUAAAGAAUGGUCACACUGAUGUUGUUAGCUUACUUUUAGAGAACGGAGCUGAUCUCCAAGGAGUAAGGCUCCGCUCACUGCAGCUGUAAAGAAUCGUUACACUGAUAUUCUUAGGUUACUUUUAGAGAACGGAGCUGAUGUCAACAAAGGAGUAUGGGAGGACUCUCCGCUCACUGCAGCUGUAAAGAAUGGUCACACGGAAAUUGUUUGGCUUAUUUUAAAGAACGGACCUGAUGUCAACAAAGGAGUAUGGGAGGACACUCCGCUUACUGUAGCCUUAAAGAAUGGUCACACUGAUGUUGUUAGGUUACUUUUAGAGAAGGGAGCUGAUGUCAACAAAGGAGUAUGGCAGGACACUCUGCUCACUGCAGCUGUAAAGAAUGGUCACACUGAUAUUGUUAGGUUACUUUUAAAGAACGGAGCUGAUGUCAACAAAGGAAUAUGGGAGGACAGUCCGCUCAGUGUUGCUGUAAAGAAUUGUCACACUGAUUGUUUAAGGUUACUUUUAGAGAACGGAGCUGAUGUCAACAAAGGAGUAUGGGACGACAGUCCGCUCAGUGCAGCUGUAAAGAAUGGUCACACUGAUUGUGUAAGGUUACUUUUAGAGAACGGAGCUGAUGUCAACAAAGGAGUAUGGGACGCUCUAGUUACUGCAGCUGUAAAGAAUGGUUACACCGAAAUUGUAAGUUUGUUCAUAGCGAACGGAGGGGAUGUCAGCAAAGGAGUAUGG